GACUAUGCUAACCAAGAGCAUAAUGGCGAUGAUCUUAUGAUAAGUGAGCAAAUUCAUCAAAUCACUCCACCACCUAUUGAUGUCACCGUUGGGGACGAUGUCGUAUCAUCUCGUGAUGAUGGGGAGGGGUUAUGGGUGAAUGAAACUAUCAAGCCAUGAGUUUUUCAACAUGUGUUGGACUAUUUAUUAUGGAACCAGCACCAAAUGACGAUGAUGAGUGGGCUCAAUAUGAAGAAUCAUUCAUGCCUGAAGAACAUAAUAAUGAAGUUGAAGAACCUAAUAUUGAAGUUGAAGAACCCCCACCAAAGCAGAAAAAUACUAGGGGUAGAACCAAAAGACUAGAUAUAACGAGGCUGGCAAGCGAGGGCAAAAAAUUAGAAAUUGAGUACAACAACCUCGGACAACAAUGGGGAAAAGCAGCAACUGAUUUAGUUUCCCGGAUUGGGGUGUGGGUUCGAAUUAACAUACCACUUGUGAAUAAAAAGUGGCCACAAAUUGAUAAGGAGCUGAAGAACAGAUUAUGGAAUGAUGUUAAGGGUAAGUUCGAGCUGGAAGAGGAGGCAAAGAGACGAACAAUUCAAAAAGCUGGGGAGAGAUGGCGGGAUUGGAAAAACACCUUAACAAAAGGUAUUUACAAGGUUAAAGAUGUGGCUCCACAACUUCUUGAGAAGCCACCGAGAUUGUACGAAGACAUAAUCGAUGAGACCGAGUGGACAGAGUUUGUGGCUUCAAGAUUAACUAAAGAAUGGGGGGUGACGAGAAAGAAUGCCCAAGCUAGCAGGGCAAAAAAUAUUUACCCCCACCGCUCUGGACGAGGUGGUGCGAGGAUGGUGGAGUUACAGAUGGAGAAAGAGUUAGGCCACCAAUUGGUCAAAAUUGAUAGAGCCGAUUUAUGGAAGAGACUUCGCACAAACAGUAAAGGCGAGUUGGAAGGCCCAGCUGUGGAAGUUGCCCAACGCAUUGAUGACUUGCGAAAGCAACUCGAAGAGGGAACAAUAAGUGUGGAAGGGAAGAAUGACAUCUUGACCAUGGCCCUUGGGACAGAUGAACAUGGUGGUCGAGUCCGGGGCUUGGGUUAUGGUGUCACUCAAACCCAAUUUUUCCACACUCCACGCCCUACAAAGAGGAAGAAUAAAGAUGAGGAUAAUGAAGCAUUGUCAGAUAUGGAUAAGCGACUCCGUGAGACAGAGGAGAGUAAUAGACAGCUUAAAGAACAAAUGGCUGAACUCCUGCGUAUAGUUCGUUCCCAGCAUAGUGGUGUUGCGGGUACAUCACAUGCGUCUGGUUCGGGUGUUGGAGGAGAAUCAAACAAACUAGCCCGUGAUGAUGACAUUGUUUCUGCUCCUGAAGCACAACCACAAAGUCCUGUCCAUGUCUCUGCUCCACGACAACCGAGUACACUGCAUGCUGAGAAGGUAACCGCUCCACCAGCUCCACCGCCACAUACCGAUGGCAUUUCAGAAAAGAAAUAUCCAUGUUGGCUGCAUGUUCGGUUGGAGCCUAGUGGAUUGUCAUUGAAAGUUGCUAAGGGAUUCAUGGUGAAGGAACAAUAUUUGAAGAAUGGCAAGUUCUCAGUCCAGGGUUCUGAUUUCCUCUACAAGGAUUAUCGUCCGGUUUUCAUCGAUGAAGUCUAUGUAGAAAAUGCCCGUCUUCCAUGUCCCGUCGUUCAAAAUGGAUACACCACUGUAGGUCAUGCUGUAGGACUUUAUGUAGCAUGGCUAAAGGACUACAUUACGCCAGUUGGAGUAGAGUUGACGCAACGCCCCAAUAACCAAAUGCAGAAGAAGCCACCUGUGAGUGGAAAAGGACAAGUAUCUGAAGAAUUACUUGGUCCUCGAACACAGCCUCAAAAAAUACCAGAGAGGCCAAGUAAAAAGGGUCGCUACGUUGCACCAAAAAGGACUUCAAUAAUCAACAACUUUUUUAAGUUACUCAACAUGUGGCCAAAAACAACAACAAUCCACUUUGAGGCCAGCAAGGAUUUAUUUGGGGUUGAAAACGACUCGAUAUGGCUUCCAACAAUUGACAUCAAGGAAUUGUGCCAAAUGGGAUUUUUAGGAGCCCAACCUAUUGCAAUCGAAUUGCAAGUAUGA